AUCACAAUCACAAAUACAAACAAAAACCUCUCAAAUAACCAAAUCAAGAACAUUGAUCAAUACUACAAUGUCUUCACGACAAUCUGUGAGGCACCCGAGUCACAACCAUCCACUUCGCGGUCACAAAUGCGAAGCGAAGGACGAAAUCAUCUGCUCGGGUUGUGAUCUUGAUCUGGUUGGUGCAGCUUUCAAAUGCACAAAGUCAUCAGAUUGCGAUUACUUCUUGCACAAGUCAUGCUUUGACCUUCCUCGUGAAACCAACCACAAGUCUCACCAACCCCACACUUUGACUUUGCUCUAUUCACCAAAGUCAACGUACACGUGUAAUGCUUGCGGUGAGUACGGGUCAAGUUUCACGUACAACUGUGCGUCAUGUCAGUACGAUGUACAUGUCGGAUGUGUUUCAAUGCCUGAAACAGUGAAGCGUGAAGAACACGCACACCCACUCACUCUUCUUUACGGCUCUCCUUAUAACCAACCCGGUUUGGUUUCCAAAUGCGAUGUUUGUGAAGAUAUCGUACCGGAUAAUCUCUGGUCGUAUUAUUGCAAGAAAUGUGAUUACGCAACGCAUUUACACUCGUGUAAGAAAGAGGAAGAGGCAAAGAAAAAAGAAGAAGAAGGAGGAGGAAGCAAAAGCUCUGUGAACUCAGAGCUAGCUGCAAUGUUAGAGGCUCAAAGAGAAGUGGAGAGGAUGCAGAUUGAGAUGCAUAUGGCCAUGCAAAGCGCUUUGAUCUCGAAAAAAGCUAAUAAGGCAGCUCUCAAUUGCAUAUAGUUUGGGAUUUCUUCAAAAUUCUCUAUUCUCGUGUUUGUGUUUGUGUUUUCUUUGUUGUUUACUUUCCCUUGAUUUGGUCUUGUUGUUGUUGCUGCCAAGUUUUCAUGUCAUUGUUGUUGUUUAUUGUUCUUUGAAUUUGUUAUCUGAAAUAAAAGAAUUAUCAGUUGUUUGA